GCAGGGAGAGUAAUCCAUUUCCUGGAACAUCAAUUACAAGCUGUAGAACACACUUGAGCACUUGUUGUGGAACUUAGUUUUAAUGGUGUACGUUUCCAGUAGAAUUUGUUUUGGUAGGAACGGCUACGGAGCGUUCCGAUUACUGCAAUCCCGCAAACAGUUUUCGUGUAAUUUUUUUAUGCUAGGAUUCUUUUAAAUUGAUAAAGAAUAAUAAAAGUAUCCUGCACAGACUUCGCAAAUUACAGCUGAAUUAACCAGUAAAAGGAUCUCGUUGAGACAAAAGGUCAUCCUCUACUACCGUUUUACUGCAAUGCCUCAGUGCUUGGCAUAUGGGUGUAAAAUAAGAAGAGGCUGUCUUCCAGAAGGCGUAUCAUUUCAUCGCUUUCCUCGUGAUGUGAAACUGUGUACUGUGUGGGUACGUAGGUGUGGCACAGAUGUCGGCAACAUCAGCAAGUUUGUUGCUGAAGAAGUACAGACUACAAAACCACGACAUUUCCUUUGUUCAAACCACUUUGAAGAAGACAUGUUUGAACUGGAUUACAGAUAUGAACUAAUGCCCGAUGACCUGAAGCCACGACGUCCAAGGCGUCGACUGAUAGAGACUGCAGUGCCUACAUUAUUUACAUUUUCAAAAUGCAAGAGGCGUAGAUCUUCUCUUCAGCAAAUAGAAAAGAGAGAUCGCCAGAAGCUGGUUGAUGAAUUACUGACAGUGCCACAGCCAACGCUCGAUACAUUUUUUAAACAUAUCAUGCGGGAUCCAGUCCAAGCAAGAGAGAAGUUACGUGCCCCUGCACAUAAUGCGGAAGGAGACAUUAUCAUUCAGUAUGUCAAUGAGGAACUGGUGCAAACAAGUGAGAAGUCCCCUGCACAUAAUGAGGAAGGCGAUAGUGUCAUGCAGAUUUCCAUUGUGGAGAUGGAACAACUAUAUGAGGAAAUAGUCAUUGACUCCAUGGAUAUGUGCACAAUUGAUAUGCCGUGUAUUAGCCCACUUCGGAACAUGGAGUGUCAAACGGGGAACUCCAAGAAUAUGUGCAGUACUGGGACACAGACUGAUAGUUCAUCACCUUACAGUUCGGUCCAGAAAACAAGUCUUUCACUGAAGAGUGAUGUAGCUACACAAUGUCCAGAUGUAGACUUUUGCAAAUAUUAUCUUUAUAAGUGCAAUUGAUAUUCUGCAUACAGAUCAGCAGCAGAACAUCAUGUACAAGAAUAAGGUUUUGUAGAACAUGUGAAAUGCACACAGUGCCUAUCAUCUCAUGUUACACUCUUGGAAGAAAGUGUCACAGUCGAGUGAUGUAGGAUCUACAUUUAUGCAAGACUGCAUGUAGCCAGUACUGCAUACAGAAUGAAAGAUGUGCAGAUGGAAUUUGUUAUUCGGACUGGAUUCACAUGUUUACAGAUAGCAUUGUGCCUAUGUGGCAGGCAUUUAAAAAGCCUUGCAUAGCCGUAUGUAGGCAGUUCAUCAUUAUGGAGCCUUAUCAGGAUGCCACAGUGAAACCUUGGCUCAGAAAAGAACCAAUCUUGCCAUUGUUGUGGGAAGUAUCUGGAUGCAUGGUGGUGACAACUUGCUUAAAAAUUCCCAACUCAUUUGCUUUGAGGAACAAGCACACCCAACAGUUUAAUGUAGAGGACAUAGCCUUACACGUUACGUAAUACAAAGCAUACUGGAAAAUUUUAAAAAUUGUCUUGAAUUGCAUUUGACUAGUUCAGAUUUUGUUAAAAGUUUGGGGUACUUAAGACAUGUUACAGCAGUCAAAAGUCAAGACUAUAGACUCUCAUUCGUUCCCCAUUAAUUUGCCAAACUUGCUAUGAUGGAAUCUUAAACUAGGAAGGAGGUGUUACUUUGUAGUAGUUGGCUGUCUGUUGUUCAUGGACAAAGUCCUGACAUAUUGUCCAGAGUAGAAUUACUUUGAGUAUGUUUUAUUUGUAGUUGCUCUGGUAUCUUUUUAUGGGCUAAGUACCAGUUAAACUAUUACAGUAAUAAAAUCUAGAGUAUUUAAUGUCC